AUGGAUAAAAGUUCCGUUCUUGUUACCGGAUGUGAUACCGGCUUAGGAUUGGCACUAUGUGCUUUAUUGCCACAUCACGGUUAUUUCGUGAUAGCAAUAUGCCAAUCUGAAGCCGGACAACGAAGGACCAAUAGGGUCAUUAAUGGUGAACCGAGCACAUCAGAGGGCGUGCCACGUGUCGAUAGUGAAGGGUGGCUUGUUGGAAAAAAGGGUGUUUCUUAUGUCCUAGACAUUACCUUGAUAAAUCAUGUUGAGCUAUUCCGCGAACAAUUGGCAAAGCGGAUUGCAAAUAAAGAAAUACCACCAUUGUAUUCAGUAAUUAACAAUGCAGGGAUAUGGAGGUUCUCAAUGUUAACGGAUGCAUUCGAAUCAUUAGAGAGUCGACAGGCCGAAGUUAACAGAUGGAGGGAAGUCUUUGAGACCAACGUAAUUGGAUCACUACAGAUUACUACUGCAUUUGCAGGACAUCUUACAAGGUCAGCGGAUAACCUAUCACCAAGAAUAUUCUUUGUAUCAAGUGUUCUAGAUAAGCAUUCACUGCCAGGCCAAAGUGCAUAUGUGGCUUCGAAAUACGCAAUUAAUGGACUCCAUGAAACCCUGUGCCAUGAACUCGCCGCCACAGAUAUAACACCGAUUAUUGUUAAACCAGGGCCACUCAGAAACACAAACCUUUUCAUACGUGACCUUAACCUCAACGAACCCGGGUUGCUCCUAAACGCUGCGGGUGAUUGCCGCCACGUCGCACAAACUAUAUUAUACGGGUUGCGACAAAGAUACCCAAAGUAUGAGUAUUCCAAUUUUAUUGGCACAAUACCGUUUAAAAUCGCAGAAUAUGUACCGAGGAAAAUUUUUGUACACUUCGUUAGAUUGGUCUUGCGGAAACUUGCUUUGCUGUACUUCACUGUCAGAAGGCUAGUCUUUCGAAUGAAUUUUUGGAGAAGGUAG